AUGGUGACAUUGGGAAGAAGUUACUUCUGGGAAGAAUUUUCACAAGCGUUAGGACGUUUGCUUGUCGAAAUACAAAAUAAUUUCAUCGUGGACAAAUACAAUACAUUCGAGAAGAGAUUCAUUUUUAUCAAAUAUACCAAAAUGGCGAAAUAUUAUGUUUUAGUAGCAGUUACCACGAUGACAAUUAGCACUAGUUUUUAUUACAUAAACGCAUUGUUGCUAAAUGUAAAAAUGGUCAUGAGCAAUUCGUCAUUGAGUUACAAACUACCGUACAAAACACGAACUAUGUUCGAUAUACGUGACAUUAGGGUCUUUAUUUUUCUCUGUAUUUAUCAGAUGUUGGUAGUACCAUGUAUUGUACUAGGUUUCGUCGGAUUUGAUUGUUUAUUUGCCAAUCUUGCAUUUCAUAUUACCGCACAAUUUGGAAUUCUCAGUUCUAUGCUCAAAGAAAUUCUCAACGACUCUAAUGCUUUUCAACAUAAUAUAAAGGAACUUUUACUUCGACAUUACGUAUUGAUAAGACAAGCGAAAACUUUGGAAGAUACUUUUAAUGUAAUAAUAUUGCAACAAUUAAUUGGCACAACGUUGCAACUUUGUACAGCUGCUUAUAAUACAAUCUUGGACUCAGUAAGCAAAGAAACAUUAACGUUAAUCAUAUUCUGCCUUUAUGCUUUGAGCACAUUGAAUACAUUGUUUCUUUAUUGUUACAUCGGCGAGUGUCUUAUUCAAGAAAGUAUGAGCCUAAGCAAUGCAAUUUAUCGUUACGAGUGGUAUAACAUGUCACCAAUCAACUUAAAAAUGGUAAUAAUUUGUAUGCUGCGAAUGAAGAAACCACAGCAAUUAACUUCCGAUUCUCAAAACUACGAUGGGAUAUCUAUCACUACUGCGAACACUUCUAUGAAGAUAUUUUUGCAUUCUUUAAAGGUUCACUUAUUAAAGAGAACACUUAUAAUUUUCAUAAUAAUUAAACGUCGUUUCAAGAAACCGGAUAUAACUUAUUUGAAAAAAGGGGUAAACUCGGUGGUAGGUCUUUAUCGUUGUCACCCUAACACCCCAAUGGAAAAGUUACUUUACGUGAAACUUUCUUUCGCCAGGACGAUAUCAACAACCUCCCUUUUAUGA